AAUGUUUAUUUAUAUUGCCUUUAAAGUAAGUGCUCCUAAGUGCAUUCAAGUUCUAUAAUUACAAAGGCUCUUUUAAUUACUACAACAAAAGGUUUUUUUUUUUUGUGUUAAUUAUAUAUUACAGUGUUUGUGUAUAGCACAUAAUAAUGGGAUAUGCUUAUAUAAUCCUUUGUGUAUGUGGUUAAUGGGAAAAGUAAUGUAGAUUAACUUUGAUUAAGUUACUAUAAUGGGAAAAGUAACCGGAUUAAUGUAAACUAAAAUGUAGAAAUAUAUACAUGUAUGAAACCAAUAUUCUUCAUUAUUUGAUUUUCUGAUUACUUGCCAAGUAUAAUUGUGGUUGUCAUCUACUUUUAGUGUUUUUGAUUUUGAAACCUCAUGUUUUUCAUUUAUUUUUUCUCCUUGUCUUUUAAUUUAUACAUUCCUUGUCAUGAUGCCAAUUGCAUUAAGACUGGCAACAUCUACAUUAUCUUGCCAAUGACAAAAUUAAAGCUUUUGUUUUUAGAUUGUCCUAAUGCAUUAUGUUCUUCCAAGUGUUUCUAGAUACUUUUGCUCAUAUUAAAGAAUAGGUAGGCUAUUCUUUUUUGCUUCCUAAAGCAAUAGCAUUAUUAUGCUUUGAAGGCCUAUUAGCUUAUUAUCACAUCCAAAUAACAAACACUAUGACCAUUUCAUCAUUCACAAAAAAACUAAAAAUAUUCAGUUAAUAAUAGCAUUAUUAUGCUUUGAAGGCUUCUUUUGCUCCUUCCAUAUAUAUUAUCCUAUACCAUUCUCUAAUGCCUAUGUUACUGAACAUAGGCACAUGAUUUGUAGCUCAUAAAAUAAGGCUUAGCUAGUUUGCCCAACAUAUUUGUAUUUUAUUUUGAAUCUAAAAGACAACAUUUGGUAGAAGUUUCUUGAAGACAUAAAGUGUUAGUGGAUUGGAUUAAGUUAGAUAUGAUACUUGGAAUUAACAAUACUUGAGUCAUAUGGAUUGGCACUAGUUAUCUCAGUUAUCAACAUUUAGUAAUUUCUAGCGUACAUAUUUUCUUUCUGAAUAAACUUAUUAUGUAUUUUCUUCUUGAAUGCUAGUGAUGCUAUAUGAAUCUUCUGUUUGCAUACUAGUGUUGUGGUACCAAUUUUACUAGCAACAUGGUUUUUUUUUUAAUUAAUCUAAAGGUGGUUUGUAUACCUAGCAUCAUUUUUUUAAUAUCCUAUUUUGAUAAUAGUGUCAUGGGGUCUAGUGUGGAUCUUGUCCUGCACUAUGGAGGUAAGUGGAGGAGUGAAGAUGAGAUGGUGUAUGAGGGUGGCAAAGUUGUCAAGGUUGUAUCAGUAGAUGUUGACUACUUAUCUUAUUUCAGCUUGUGGGAUUAUUUUACCAACAUAGGAUGUGAAAAAGGGGGAAGAAUGUGGUUUAAAGUCCAUGGACUUUCUGAAAAUGAUGGAAUAGAGGAGAUUUUGAAUGAUGCUGACAUAAGUAAUAUGGUGUAUUACAAUAGUGGCUAUAACAUUAUUGAUGUGUUUAUGGUAGAACAUGACUCUCCAAUGGCAGUUUUACCUUUGUGAAAUGGCUGGAAUUCAGGGACAACAUAGCAUGGGAAAUGCUAUGGAAGACACUAACAUUAGCAGGGAUAAGGCAGAAGCGGCUGGCAUAAAGAGUCCAAAAUAUUUUGAACAUGAUCUCAAUGAUAGUUGUUCUUCAAAUAAGUCAUAUCAACCAUCCGAAGAGUCAGUGGAUGUAGAAAUAUGUGAUGACUCGGACUUAAGUAACGCAAGUUGGUUAUAUGAAGACUUUGAGGGAGAUGAAGAUGACAUCUUCAACAAUGGGACAGGUGGUGAUGAUUACAAUGAUCAUGGAAGAAAUUCAUUCCCAAAUAAUGAUACAGGACCAGUGACAGUAAUAAUGACUAUGGUGUUGAUAAUGUGGAAGGAACUACUGAAGCUACAAACUUGACAAAAGAUGCAAUGGCAGAGUUUAAUGAGCAUGUGCAUUCUGAAGAUGAUUUGCACAGUUUGCAAGGAUCUGAUGAUGAUACGACAUGGUGACAUAAAAAAUCCACAUUUGGAAAUAGGUAUGAGAUUUUCCAAUCAUGCUUGCUUCAGAGAUGCCUUGCGAGCAUGGGCAAUUGCAAGAGGAUGUUCAUGUAAGUUAACAAAAAACUCAACAACAAUGAUCACUGUAGUUUGUGAAAAAAUGUGGCUUUAAAAUCCAUGCUUCAAGAGACAGAGAUACUCCUACAUUCCAAAUCAAGACAUUUAUGGCAGAACAUACAUGCCCUAAAAGGAACCUAGGUUAUAUAGUAAAUAGCAAGUGAACUUGUUGUCUUCAAAUUUAUGUUCAUGCAGUUUGGUGCUCAAAAGCAGAGUUAUUUUUCAGGCAUAAGACCUCUAAUAUGCUUGGAUGGUUGUUUUUUGAAAACCUCAAUGGGUGGCCAUUUGCUAUGUGCAAUAGCUAGAGAUGGAAAUUAAAAUAUGCUACCACUUGCCAUUGCCUGUGUUGAUGCAGAAUGCAAGGAGUCAUGGACAUGGUUCCUCCAAGUUCUCUGUGAAGAUUUUGGAAGACCUCAAAACACUGGAUGUGUAUUCAUGUCUGACCAACAGAAGGGAUUAAUACAGGCAUUCAAAGACUUAAUGCCUAAUAUAGAAAUUACAGGUAUUGAAUACAAGAAAUUACUUUGGACAGUGGCCUCUGCUAGUACUCAGGUGCAUUUUGAGAGGCAUAUGACAAAGCUAAAGGAGUUUAAUGAAAAUGCUUACAAUUGGGUCAUGCAACAUGAUUCCCACACAUGGGCAAGGAUGUGGGAAUUAACAGGCAUUCCAUGCAAACAUGCAUUUUCUGCCAUUCACUGUAACAAGGAGCGGCCAGAGCUAUAUAUGCAUCAAUUCUUCACAAAGGCCACUUACUUAAAUGUGUAUAAACAUUCAAUUCAACCUGUUCCUAGCCAAGAUGCUUGGGAAAUAACAAAGCUUCUUGAUAUUCAUCCAUGGACUGUGAAGAAGCCCCCUAGUAGGCCUAGACGAAAAAGAACGAAGAAACCAAAUGAGCCAAAGAAUCCUUACAAGGUUUCUAGGGCAGGUAAGAAUGUGGGUGCGUGGCAAUUGUCAUCAAAUUGGGCAUAA